AGUUCUAAUAUUCGUAUUCGUAAUUGAGAAACUGUGUGGAUUAGGAUUAGUCUUGUGAAUACAACUCUGAUUUCUUUGACUAUGAACUUCUCCCUUCUGUGUGGACACGAAUUCAAGUUUGUGGGUAUGAGUAGAAAAGUGUGAGUCUGUGAAACUGUGCGGAUUAGGAUUGUUUUUCUGUGAGUACGAAUCCAAAAGCUGCGAGUGCGUGCAAAGUCUUGUGAAUACAACUCUAAUUUCUGUGACUACGAACACCUCCCUUCUGUGUGGACACGAAUUCAAGUUUGUGGGUACGAGUAGAAAAGUGUUGAAAUGACGUCACAGGGCGGAGUAAUCGAUCCGCCAUGGCGGAGUAGUCGAUCCGCCAUUAUAACACAGCAUGCGCCAAAUUCAAAGAUGGCUGAGGACAGUGGACCGCUUGGAGCUACCAGCUCAGGUGACGUGUCACAGGUCCAAUUAAGAGAGAUCAUAAACACAGCACAAAACCUUGUUUUGAUGUUAAGUAACAGCGUACCACCGAAUGUAAGGCCAGUCAGACAGGGCAACACAGGAGAAGCUGCUGUUGGUCAGGCAGUGCAGUCAGUGACCACAGUGAGGCCUCAGCAGGCACUGCAACAAAGAGCUCAACUCAGUGGCCCUGGACUCUCAGUGAAACAAGAAAUGGCUCGGUCUUUUCCAGGAUUUUUUAAAAAAGAGGCAAGAGGAAAAAGGCGCUUUGCACCAUAUAGGACAAACGAAUUUGGGAAGAGUUUCUUGGUGAAUUUCUUUCUUCUUGAAAAACAAUAUGAAAAAACACCAAAAGGAGAGGAGGAACUGCCACUCAUGCUUGCUGGCCUUGGAAAACGUUCUCUAACCAUAUUUGAAAACAUGACACAUUCAGAGAUUUCAGAUUUGCUUGUGAAUGUAUAUCCAAGACUGGAAAACAUCUGUGGUGGCUGGAUGCUGCACAAAUCCACAGGUAUGUAG